AUGUCUGCAACAGUGUCUCCAGCCUGCAAAAAGCUCCUGAUUUUCGGAGCAACUGGACUGAUUGGGAGUCGUAUUGCUCGCGAAAUUGUUCGACACAAGUCUAAAUUUGAGAGGGUAGCUGUCUUUACAUCACAAGGUACCUACGAAUUCAAGGCAAGCGAAAUAAAAGGCUUGGAAAAAGAAGGUGUGGAUAUCAUAGUAGGCGAUAUAACCAACUCAGACGAUGUGGUCAAAGCGUACCAAGACAUCGACACUGUGAUCUCUUGUGUAGGCAGAAAUGUGAUUGAACAACAAGUCGAGCUUGUUCGCCUUGCCAACGAGAGUCUCACGGUUCACAGAUUUUUCCCAUCAGAAUAUGGGACUGAUAUCGAGUACGGGCCAGCUUCAGCACACGAGAAACCACAUCAGAAGAAGCUGCAGGUUAGAGCGGCGUUGCGGGCUUGUGACCGCUUGGACCAUACCUAUGUGGUUGUCGGCCCGUACGCGGAUGGAGAACCAGGUCUCUAUUUCGGUGCAAACCCGGUUGUCAAGGAAGCCGGAACCUUCGACGUCAAGAAUAAAGAAGCUGUAUUGCUCGGGGAUGGUAAUCUGAAGAUCAGCUUCACCACCAUGAAAGACGUUGGCAAGCUUGUGGUUCUUGCUGCCCUCCAUCCGGACGCAAGUCGGAACAAGGCGCUUCGAGUCAACUCAUUUACAGCCACUGACUCAGAGAUACUCAAAGAAUUUGAAAGGCAGACCGGCGGGCAGCCCUGGAAGGUGUCGUACACGAGUCUCGACACGUUGAAGAAGCUUGAACAGGAAGCCUGGGAAGCUGGAAAGCCGUAUGCCACCAUCUUCACGCUGAAGAGAAUUUGGGGCGAAGGGGGCACCCUGUACGACAAGCGAGACAACGAUCUGAUCGAGGCGGAGAACGUGAUGGAGACAUUAGAGGAUGCUGUUGCGGAAGCCAUAAAAGUUCAAACGAGUUGA